GCUAGUGGAUGAGUCCCGGCAACCGGAAUAGUAGGCGAGCAUAAGAUUGGCCUUCCAGCGCCCAAAGAAGGUAACAGAAAGUUAAAGAUGGCGCGAAAGGCUUACAGAUACGGAGGCAACCCAAAGAACCGCCGAAAGUUUCGCGGCGCCUUCCGUCGCCAGAUUUUCCCACUCACAAACCCUAAUUUUUUAACAUCAAUUAUUAUAUCCCAAAAACCACAAAUUCAGAUAUUCAACGGCCACAACUUUCACUCCUAAUUUCAUUUAUUUAUUUGUUUAUAUUUAUCAAACUUAGGGUUUAGCAAUCAUAGGGGUUUUCUCCUUUCUUACGCAUUCAAUUUGUUUUUGAAGAUUUUUUUUAAAAUGUUUUUAAUUUAUUUGGGAAUUUAGUAAUUCAAUUGAGGCGAGGGAAGGUUUAAUUCUACCAAAAAUAUAUAUGAAAUCGAGGCGAGGAGGAGGCAGAGGAAUGCUGAUCGCCGAUAGGAUCAUAUGGAAUUGGGAAUUUUAAGGGCUUAUUUCUAAUGAUUCAGUAAUGGACUUGGAACCUCGAAGCAAGAACAGCGAGAAGUCAGAACGAGUUGUUGAUGGGAGUGAAGGCAGUAAGCACCCUGAAACACCAAAGGUUGUUGAUGGGAGUGAUAGCAGUAGCCAUUUAACAAUACUUCCAGAGGCUACUGCUAAUGAAGGUGGUCCUGUCCCAACCAGAAGACUAAUCUCUAUAUCCUCUUUGUCUUCGUUGGCAUCAGACUCGUCAUUGGAAGAUCUAUUCCAAGUGGAUACAAACAGAAUUACAACUUCAACACAUACUGCUUCCGUCUCUAAACAUGAUGACUAUAACAUUGUAGGUCCCGCAUCAACAUCCCGAGCUUCUGAUGUCACCCAUGGGUCCAUGGUGCCUGGUUUGUCACCAACAGAUUCCCCUUCAAUCCAAACUAUGGAUCGGUGUGGUGGAUAUGAUCCUUACAGGAUCCCGACUUCUGUGUUUUCAACAAGUAAAUCCAACAAAGAAAUGGAUUGGAGUGUUGCAUCCAAUGAGUCAUUGUUUAGCAUUCAUUUAGGCAACAACAGCUUUUCCAGAGACCACACAUUUUUUCUCGGUGAUUUGGGCAAGUCUGGGGAACUGUACAAAUCAGGCGAGUUGUUUUCGCUCAAUCCAGCUCUUCCAGUUCCAGCGGUAGAAAUUGAAAGUGACAGGAUUGAAGAAGUGAGGAAAUCUGGAGUUGGAGUGGCAGAUGAGACCAUCAAGGACAUAGCAAGAGCAAAUGCUGAAGAUCAUAGUGAGGGAAGGGUACAACCGCCAACUGUAUUUGGAAAAUCCCCUAGCCUCUCUCGCCGUUCUGAUGGGAGUGGGACUAGCACACGCUCUUUUGCCUUCCCAAUGUACGUCUAUAUACAUUAUCUAAGGAAGGAGACAUCAUCUCCAUUGUGCUACUGUUCUAAUUGUAGCCGGGCGUUCUGCUAUGUUACAUGGCCAAGCUGCUAUUGUUCUAACUGUAGCUGGGUGUUCUGCUAUCCGUGGAGCUGUAGCCAAAAGAGAUUGUGUUGUAUUUUUUCAACCAUGUAUGCAUGUCUUUUUAGCUAUGGUGGCCAUUCGUCGGGCUUUAAGUGAAAACAUAAAUUUUCUUCAACAAUCAUGAAUGCAUUUGUUAUCUUUCCAUUUUGC